AUGUGCCGGACAUUUUCCCUUACUCUAUCCGACGUUGCACAACUGUGGUUCAAGCAACUCAAACCGAGAUCCAUUAGUUUGUUCGCUGAGCUAAGCGAUGCUUUCGUCGCUAACUUCAUCGGAGGAAAGAAGAGGCUUAAAGCAUCAGCGCACUUGAACAACGUAGUCCAGAAAGAGGGUGAACUCCUCAAGGACUAUAUCAGGCGCUUCAAUCUUGAAGCAUUACAAGUUCGAAAGUACUUUGAUGAAACAACCCUCAAUUCCAUCAUGCAAGGGGUGGGGGACAAGUUGUUCUUGUCAUCUCUCAAUAAGAAUCCUCCGACUACCUUGGUCGAAUUUAUGGCUUGCUCGGAAAAAUACGUCAAUGCCGAGGAAACACAAAUCCUACGUGAGGCCGCUUAUAGUGUGCUAAAAACCCUGAGAAACAGUCGGCUAAAAAAGAAAUUGACUCUGCCAGUGGUAAAAAGUGAAAAGACGAGCAUCCACGAGAUAAUCGCAAGUUGGGAAAUCGAGAGGCUCAUCCAAGAAGGUCACUUGGGAGAGCAUAUUGACCGAGAAGCCAGGGGUACUGAAGAACGGAUGGACGACAACCGACCUAUCGAAGAAAUCCGAACAAUCGUUGGCGAUCAUCAAGGCGAGGGUGAUUCAAAUAAUGCUCGAAAGAACCAUGCAAGGAACAUCAGUCGGCCCGAGUCAGAAAUCAUGAUCUUGAGUCGGCCUACCAAGGAAAGAAAGAAAGAGAAACAUUACAUAUCGUUUGCUGAUGAAGACGCCCGAGGCAUCUGUCACCCUCAUGACGAUGCCCUGGUCAUUAUUCUCACCAUAGCAAAUCACAGAGUCUUCCGUAUCCUAGUCAACAUAGGCUCAUCUACAGACAUACUGUUCACGCAAGCGGUUGAUAAGAUGGGAAUUGAAUAG